AUGGAGUUCAUUAUGGGGCUUGGGGAUGACAAUGCCACCAACACCUCCACCAACUUCCUUUCUAUGGUUGAACCCCACGGAGACCCAAGUCCUUUCCCACUCAACUCCAGUUAUGAGGACUACAAUAUAACCUUGGAUGAAAAUGAGGAUGUGACCAAGUCUCACACUUUCUUUGCUGCCAAGAUUGUUAUUGGCAUGGCCCUGGUGGGCAUCAUGCUGGUUUGUGGCAUUGGCAACUUCAUCUUCAUCGUUGCCCUGGCCCGAUAUAAGAAACUGCGAAAUCUCACCAACCUGCUCAUUGCUAACCUAGCUAUCUCUGACUUUCUGGUGGCCAUUGUCUGCUGUCCUUUUGAGAUGGACUACUAUGUGGUACGCCAGCUGUCCUGGGAGCAUGGACAGGUGCUCUGCGCCUCCAUCAACUAUCUACGCACUGUUUCUAUCUAUGUCUCCACUAAUGUCCUGCUGGCCAUUGCCAUCGACAGAUACCUGGCUAUCGUGCACCCACUGAGACCACGGAUGAAGUGUCAGACUGCCACUGGGCUUAUUGUUCUGGUGUGGACUGUGUCGGUCCUCGUUGCCAUCCCUUCGGCCUACUUUACCACUGAAACAGUCCUCCUCGCUGUCAAGAGCCAGGAGAAGAUUUUCUGUGGUCAGAUCUGGCCUGUGGACCAGCAGGUCUACUACAGAUCCUACUUCCUUUUCAUCUUCGGCAUCGAAUUUUUGGGCCCUGUGGUCACCAUGACGCUGUGCUAUGCUCGCAUCUCCUGGGAGCUCUGGUUCAAGGCUGUCCCUGGCUUCCAGACGGAGCAGAUCCGCAAGCGUCUGCGCUGCCGCCGAAAGACAGUCCUGGUGCUCAUGUGCAUCCUCAUGGCCUACGUACUGUGCUUGGCGCCCUUAUAUGGCUUCACCAUCGUGCGUGACUUCUUCCCCGCUGUGUUCGUGAAGGAGAGGCACUACCUCACUGCCUUCUACGUGGUUGAGUGUAUCGCCAUGAGCAACAGCAUCAUCAACACCCUGUGCUUCGUGACCGUCAAGAACAACACCAUCAAGUACUUUAAGAAAAUCGUACUGCUCCACUGGAAGUCUUCUUACAGUGGGAGUAAAUGUAGUGCGGACCUUGACCUCAAAACUGUGGGUGUGCCUGCCACGGAAGAGGUGGACUGCAUUAGACUAAAAUAA